AUGUCUUGCUACAAGGGAAAGUACGCUGAUGAGCUCAUUGCCAAUGCCCACUACAUUGGCACCCCUGGCAAAGGUAUCCUGGCAGCCGAUGAAUCCACUGGCACAAUCGGCAAGCGUCUCUCAAGCAUCAACGUCGAGAACGUCGAGUCCAACCGGAGGGCCCUUCGUGAGCUCCUUUUCACUGCCCCCGGUGCCCUUCAAUACCUCAGUGGUGUUAUCCUCUUUGAGGAAACUCUGUACCAGAAGACAGCUGAUGGCAAACCCUUUGUUGAUGUCCUGAAGGAAGGUGGUGUCCUCCCUGGAAUCAAGGUCGACAAGGGCACUGUCGAGCUCGCUGGAACCAACGGCGAGACCACCACUCAGGGCCUCGACGGGCUCGCCCAACGCUGCCAGAAGUACUAUGAGGCCGGGGCCCGCUUUGCCAAGUGGCGUGCUGUCCUCAAGAUCGGCCCCAAUGAGCCCUCCCAGCUGGCUAUCAAUGAGAAUGCCAACGGGCUGGCCCGCUACGCCAUCAUCUGCCAGGAAAAUGGGCUGGUCCCUAUCGUCGAGCCCGAGAUCCUAGUUGACGGGCCCCACGACAUUGAACGGUGUGCUGACGUGACCGAGCGGGUUCUAGCAGCCUGCUACAAGGCCCUUAAUGACCACCACGUUCUUUUGGAGGGUACCCUUCUGAAGCCCAAUAUGGUCACGCCCGGGUCGGAGUCUGCCAAGGUGGCGCCUGAGGUGGUGGCUGAGUACACCGUUCGGGCCCUGCAACGCACGAUGCCGGCUGCUGUCCCGGCUGUGGUGUUUUUGUCGGGUGGGCAGAGUGAAGAGGAGGCCACGCGCAAUCUAAACGCAAUGAACAAGCUCAAGACGAAGAAGCCUUGGACCCUGUCAUUCUCGUUCGGGCGGGCCUUGCAGCAGAGCACACUCAAGGCAUGGGCUGGGAAGGAAGAGAACAUUCCCAAGGCCCAAGCGGCCUUGCUGGCCAGGUGCAAGGCUAACUCGGAGGCGACUCUUGGGACGUAUGAGGGUAGCGGUAGCCUGAGUGAGGGUGCGUCGGAGAGUCUUCAUGUCAAGGACUACAAGUAUUAG